AUCCACAAGAGGAAAUGGUUUACAGAUGGAGAAAAAACUCAGUAGAAGCUGCAGAUCAGAAAUCUUGGAGACUGUAUCAGUUUGACUUCAUGGGACUCAGAAAUACUUCUGACAUUGUGCAAACAUCAACAGGUGAUUAUAUAGUCAUGACUAUAUACUUUGAGUUAAGUAGAAGAAUGGGAUACUUCACUAUUCAAACAUACAUUCCCUGUAUAUUAACUGUUGUCCUAUCCUGGGUAUCAUUUUGGAUUAAAAAAGAUGCCACACCAGCAAGAACAGCCCUAGGUAUCACCACAGUAUUAACCAUGACAACUCUGAGCACCAUUGCAAGAAAUUCCUUGCCACGUGUUUCCUAUGUCACUGCAAUGGAUCUUUUUGUGACCGUAUGCUUCUUAUUUGUCUUUGCUGCUUUGAUGGAGUAUGCAACCCUGAACUACUACUCAAGUUGCAGGAAGCCACACUGUACAAAAAAGAAAAAGUCGCUGCCUGAUGUCAGCUUUGGUCACAUGAUGAAUUACUCUGUGUUAGAGAUGAGACCUCCCUCUACAGUCAUUGCACUGAACAAUGCCAUGUACUGGCAAGAAUUUGAAGACAAUUGUAUCUAUGAGUGUCUGGAUGGGAAAGACUGUCAGAGUUUUUUCUGCUGUUAUGAAGAAUGCAAAUCGGGCUCCUGGAGGAAAGGGCGGAUACACAUAGACAUCUUAGAACUAGACUCUUAUUCCAGAGUCUUUUUCCCCACAUCGUUCCUGCUUUUUAACCUGGUCUACUGGGUUGGAUACCUCUAUCUCUAGAAACAAUGAUAAAACUGUGUUUUUCCUACUUCUUAGGGAUGGGGACUGUGUGGAAAGACAGAUCCUGAAUGGUUUUAUUGGAAAGCUUGAAAGGUCACCUCACUUUUUCUCAUCCAAGAAAACGUUUUUAUUCAUUGUUUUGUCGAAAAGGGAAAAAUGUACUUCACAUCUGAGUUUUUUGCUAACUACCCCUGACACAAUCAUGUAACAAUGUUUAUAUUAAUUGUUAUCAUACAAUGGAGAAGUUGCUGUUUUCUUUGGGUUACAGUUAACUAUGUAGCAUACAGAUAAGCAAGAUAGGAAUGUUUUGAUUGGUCAUUCUUAUGUUACUUCUGUCUUUUAAACUUGUUUUGGAAACAAGUUUUUAUUGGUACAGGUUAUCCACAACUUUGUUUUGAGGAGAAUCUGAGUUCCAUGAAAAGUCACUUCAGUUCACUUCAUGGGUUUCAGGUGGUCUUCAUUUGAGAUGAAAAGGCAUAAGUUCAAAAAACAAAAACAAAAAACCCUUUACAUUUGUUUUUCACAAAAUUGUUGAAUUAAGCUUUCUUUUAAUACAGAGUUUAACAUUCCAGAUAUUGGGCAAAUACUUCAGGAAACUAACUGAUUUCUGGAAUAACGCUCUUGCAAUAUGAUAAUGCUUAGUUUGCUUUUGGUACUGUGUAAGAUGACUUUCUAUGUAAUAGUAGUGGAAAAGUAUGAUUCAUUCCAAGCUACAGGUUAAUUUCUUUCAUACUUUACUAUUUGUUUUCACUGAUAUUUUCAGGGUGAAAAUAUCAGUGAAAAUAUCUAGUUCCAGCUUGAAUAAGAUCUACUGUAUCUGUGCUAAUUAAAAUCCAUGUGCCUCGAUGACUGUUCUGUGUAGGUUAAAUUGCACAUCCUAUUGUUGCACCAUUUGACUUGUGAAGUGGAUUUUUCCAUUUAAAUGACUGCAGAACUACUUGCUAUUAGCAUCCUCACCUGGUAAGUGAUCUUUGGAUUGGCAUAACAGUGGCUUUUUUUCUUAGCAGAUCAGUAGAAUCCUUAAGAAUGCAGACAGGAUUUUCUUGGCAAGAAAAUGAGAUGU